AUGCACCCCCUUGGCUUCGACAUCGUCACCAGGACCGCAAACAGAUUAAUCUUCGGGAAGGAGUUAACACGGAAUCGAGAAUUUCAUGAUUUGUCGGUGAAUUACACCACGGUGCUUUUUGGAGGAGCAGAAAUGAUCCGCAGCUGGCCAAACUUCCUCAAAUCUUUCCUCAUGUUGUUUCGGACAGACAUCCGCAACGCCCAGAAGAUUGCGAAAAAACACCUCUUCCCGAUCAUUGACCGACGCAUCAAAGAAGAAGAUAGCUAUGUCCGAGCCGGUCGUGGGGCAGAGUGGAAAAAAAUUAAACCAGAUGACGCUAUUCAGUGGGUCCUCGACGUCGCACCAGCCGAUCAGCGAAGAGCGGAUAUCAUGGUCUUUCGAAUGCUGCAUAUUAAUAUAGCAGCCAUUCAUACAAGUAGUACGAGCUUCCUAGAAGCAUUCUACUUCCUCGCCAUUUUCCCAGAAUUCCAUGAAGAGUUAAGAGCAGAGAUUGUACAGGUUUUCCGAGAGGAGAAGCAAUGGACCAAACAAGCCUUGACUCAUCUCGUCAAGCUCGAUAGUUUUCUGGUCGAGGCUCUUCGUUUCUGCCCUUUCACAUCUCUUAAGUUUCAACGGUACAUAAUAAAAGAUUGGACGAUGAAGGACGGCACCAUGAUUCCUAAGGGAGUCUUCUGCUGGGGUAACUGGGCCGCGCUUUCCUUGGACGAGAACGUUAAUGAGAAUCCAUAUAAGUUUGAUCCGUGGAGAAUGUAUCGCAAAAGGCAGGAGGCUGGACAAGCGCAUCAAAACCAACUUGUAAUGACCUCUACCACAAACUUGACGUUUGGCCAUGGAAAGAAAGCGUGUCCUGGACGCUUUUUUGCCGCCAACGAGAUCAAAGUCCUCAUGACUCUUCUUAUCACCAGCUACGAUAUCCGUUGCUUAAACAUACCGGGCGGUGUGGAGGAGAUUCGGAAAAACGGAUACACUAACAUUACGAAAAACCCCAUCGACUAUCCGGUUGUUGAGUUUAAGUCAAGGAGUCAAGAGAUUCCUGAAGAUAUAAGGCUUCUCUUCACGGAGAUCUAA